AUGCUAUCCUUACAAGCAAAGAACGGUGAUAAUACCACGGAUUUAUUCUUCAGUGGUGAUGAAUUCUCCUUUGAAUCGAAGAAUAAAAAUGGUGUUUAUCUUGAUAAAUCAAAAGGCAUUCGAAUUAUAAUAAAGGCGCUAAUUCCACAGGGAAAAUUAGUAUUGAAGUUGAAUACCUUUUCUUUUGAUGUUUUUGAUGAAGAAGUUGCUAAAUUAUGGGUCGAAAACGUAAAUGUUAUUGUAUAUAAAGAUGCGAAAAAAGAGAAGAAACUCAAGAUAUUCAUUAAUCCUUUUGGCGGAUCUGGUAGGGCAGUGAAAAUCUUCAACCAAUUCGUUAAACCGAUAUUUGAUGCAGCAAGGUGCAAAUGUGACAUUACUUUAACUGAAUAUUCGAACCAUGCCAAAGAAAUUGUAAAAGAUUUAGAUUUAAAAGAAUAUGAUGCUAUAAUUACGGCGAGUGGUGAUGGAAUCGUUCACGAAGUCGUCAACGGUCUCUUAUCACGUGAUGACGCACUCGACAUCAAUAUACCAAUAGGGGUAAUUCCCACAGGUAGCGGAAAUGGGCUAAGUUUUUGUCUCUUAGGAAAUGACCACGGCAAUAGCGUGUCUCAUGCCACUCUAAACGUCAUCAAAGGCGUUCCAAUGAAAAUUGAUGUGUGUUCAGUGACACAGGGAAAUCAAAGAUAUUAUUCUUUCAUGUCAAUAAAUUAUGGUGUUAUUGCAGAUUGCGAUUUAUCAACGGAACAUUUGAGAUUUAUGAAGGAUUUUCGGUUCGUGGUUGGUGCCUUACAAGCAUUAUUAGCAAAUCGAAGAUAUGGUUGUGAGAUAGCUGUGAAAAUUGUCGAUGAAAAUAUUGAGAAAAUUAAACAAGGAUAUCGUAAAGCAUAUGAUACAUCAACAUCAUGUAUCGAAGACGAUCGAGAUAAAUCAGGGGGGAUUAAGGACAAGUUUGGCAGCGUAAAUGAUCCGAUCCCAUCAGAUUGGACCGUGUUGAAUGAUGAUGUAUAUAUAUUCAUCGCAGGCAAGAUCCCAUGGAUAUCCAAAGGACAAAUUGUAUUUCCUUAUGCGUUACCAUCUGAUGGACUCUUAGAUUUAAUGGUCGUUAAUUCUGAUAAAGUAUCAAGAAUGAAAGUUGCAAGUAUAUUGACCUCAUUUGAUGAAUCAUCUCAUAUUAACAUGAAGGAGGUUAAUUAUUAUAAAGUAGCGGCGUUGCGAUUAACCCCCAAAAACAAAAAUAUUGGAUACAUUAGCAUUGAUGGAGAGAGAGUUCCAUUUGAACCAUUUCAAGUUGAAGUACAUCCUAAAUUAAUCAAUGUACUAAGUAUAGACGGGAAAUACGCUCCAACAAACUUUUAA